GGAAUGGCGGAGCCGGAUUCGGAUGCGGGCAGCGACGAGGUGGUGCUCACGCCGGCCCAGCUGAUCUGCAGCUUGGAGGAGGCUUGGAUGAAUGAGAAGUUUGCCCCCGAACUGCUAGAAAGCAAAACAGAAAUUGUUGAUUGUGUCAUGGAGCAACUUGAACACAUGGAAGAGAAUUUGAAACGAGCCAAACAAGGGGACUUAAAAAUUAGUAUUCAUCGCAUGGAAGUGGAAAGAAUCCGUUAUGUUCUUAGCAGUUACUUGCGCUGCCGACUUCGCAAGAUUGAGAAAUAUUUCCCCCAUGUCCUAGAGAAGGAAAAGACUCGGGCAGAAGGAGAUCCAUCCAUCCUGUCCCCAGAAGAGUUUGCCUUUGCCAAAGAGUACAUGGCAAACACAGAGAAUCAUCUCAAGAACAUUGCACUGAGACAUAUGCCCCCAAACCUUCAGAAAGUUGAGUUCCUCAAGGCCGUUCCCAAGCCCAACCUGGAUGCCUUCGUCUUCUUGAGAGUGAAGGAGAGACAGGAAAAUAUAAUGGUGGAUCCGGAGCAUGAUGAGCAGAGAGACUACGUGAUUGACUUGGAUGAAAACUCCCAACAUUUGAUCCGCUACAAGACAAUUGCUCCCUUGGUGGCCUCUGGGGCAGUUCAGCUCAUUUAGAUCAGGUGGAUUUACCGAGGCCGUUUUGCCAAGAUACCAAUCGUAAGACGGAUCUCUGUGCCUGGAGAGCCCGUGCUCGACGAUCCCUCGUGUCUAACCUUGGAAAUUCAAUUCAGCCGGUUUGAUUCCAGCCUCAGAUGCCUGAAUGACUGUUAGUGCUGCUGAAACAAUGGUGUACAAUCCCAUCCCUGGAAAAUGGGGUCCUAUCCACACCAAAGAAGGAGAAAAGCAUUGGAGAAAAGAUUUGGGAAGUGAAAUGCUGUAAUUCAACAAUUGGGCUGCUCAAAGGGCAUAUCAUUUACCUGUCUAGCAGGUGGCAGUAGGCCUGUUCUGGAAGGGCCAGGUUCAAGCAAUGGAAUGAAAAUAUGUCAUU